GCCAAAGCCUGGUUCCGAUUGGAGAAAUCCGACGAGAACCUCAUCCGUUCACAACUUCGCCAUCAAUCAGCUCAAUCGCAUUGUCUCCCGCGCACGACCUUCCAGUGACCGCCAACAUGUUCGGAUUCGUAAGUCCCAAAGUCCCAGCGAUAUAGUCCCCCCCCACGAGCGCCGAAUCCCGCGAAAGAGGCUAACACCCUAAGCAGCGCAAAACCCUCGACAUCAUCACCGUCUUCCACAAGGCGGGAUCCCCGGCCUCGACCCGGGUCGCCAACUUGCUCAAGGAGAUUUCGGUCAACCUGCAGACGGGCGCGACGAUGGACCAAGCCAGCAACUACACGCUGCCCAAGCGCGACCCCUUCGACCUCAACAUCACCGAGGAGCCGCCCACGCCCGAGCAAGUUCAGACGAUCCUCGAGUACGUCGGCAAGGACAACAUCUCGCAGAUCAUCAAGGGCGCCCGCGACGAGAAAGAUGCGCUGCGCAAGUUCAAGGAGAGCAAGGAGAACUUUGUGCGGCCCGUGACUGUGGACUGGAACAACGGCAAGGCCAUUGCCGGCGCCAACGAUUCGGAGAUUCUCAAGCUUGUCAACGCGACGAAGCUAUAGUCUGGAUGUCGACACCGACGCUGUAAAAUCCCAUAUGUACAUAUACCCAUCUCUCUGCUUUGCACGCUCUCUCAUACUGUCUCCCCAUAUGUGGCGAUGGUGUUUUCGGAUAUGAAAUGACUCUCAAUUGCUAUUUUCUCACGUGUGCUCUGUGAAACUUGUCAGGAGUUAUGAAGUUGGCAAGGACUUGCCAGGCAAACGGGCUCAAUGUUUUGGCCGAUUUGCCCGGGCGCUGAUCGCGCGAAUGCAAGACGGUCAAGUCAAAGCUAGUACUGCAACCCCUCCGAGAGACUGAUUUACAGGUCGCAGAGCCAUUGAAACAAGCCUGGAAGGCCAGCUUUAGCCACAAAUGUAUAUCGGAGCCACAGCCGUCUUCCAAUGUGUCGG